UGACUAUUUUUUUUUAGGAAGUUAACAUUAUUUUUGAAUUGUUCAUUUAGUAUUUGAGGGAAUAUUAGAUUAUUUGGAUUAGAAGUAACAUGGACGAUAUAUGAAACAGGACUUAUCAAUACAAAGAGGAUACUUUAGUUCAAAGUCGUUCAGUUUUAAAAAAGACUUACAUAUUGAAAUUAAUCAGGAAAUGGGUGUUUCAUAAGGAUACAAAUAAAGACUUAUUUAGAAAAAUGUGAAAAUGACUUGUCUGGAGACCAAGUUUUCUAUAUUAAAUGUUUAUGGAUGGAUAAAACUGUCUGUAAAAUAGAUUUAAAUUUAAAUCAAAAUAAGAGUUCAAAUUUUUUAAGGAAAUUAAAUUUAAAAGAGAUAUUUUUGUGGUCAAAUUUAAAAAAAAUUAAAAGGUGUGAGGACAGAAUGUGAUUAAUGAUGACAAUCGUGUAUCUUACGACAUCAAAAUGUUCUACUUAAAUACACCACAUUUAAGUUUGAUUUUAAAAUACAUGCAUGCCUUUAAAAAACGGAGGGCUGAAUUUUAGGUGGUGUACUAAUGGAAUGAGGAUAUUAUAAUUUUGUUUAUGGACUUUUAACAUUGGAAAAGUGUUGAUUCAAAAUGAAUUGUUUAAACAAUUGCUUCAAAAGAAAUUCAAAAGGAAUGCCAUCUAAACGACUGAAAUUAGAUGAAGUGCAUGAUAUAUACCUACCAGAUAUAUACCUGAAACGGAAAACAUCAUCUUGGACAUUUUCUCCACUGUAUAUACAUACUGAUGCUUCUUAUGAAAAGAUACCCAAUGAGCGCAGGGGAAGUGUACCACUAGUUAAUGGUGUAGAUCAAACAGACAGCAUGGAUACAAGUUCAUCUACACCGUCCAAAAUAGCUAACUUCUUUAUCCGGAAAGGAUUUAAAGGGAAUUUAAAAAGAACAAAAAGUGUGACAAAGUUGGAAAAGAUUGAUAGAAAGAGAGCAGCAUCAAACUUGUCUGACCAUGAAUCAAGCACUUUUGUGGGAUCCUUGAAGAGGACAAUGAGUCUUGGAAGGUUAAAUCGGAAACGUAAUCGUCAAAAUCCUACAUCAGAGGAGCUGCCAAGUUCCUCACCAAGUUUGAACCUGAUCAACUCACGGAUCAGAUCAUCUCGUUCCCAUGAGUCCCUCCUAACAAGCCACGUCAACAUGCACGCCAUCGACCUGACAGCCACAGAUCUAGAUAUUCAACCUUUGCACUCCAGCAUUCUUGGUCAGGAUCAUUGUUUCCAAGUCUCAACAACGAACGGAAGUAAAUACAUCUCCUGCCGGACUGCAGAGGAACGUGAGAAAUGGAUAGGAAGCUUGAGGAAAUCAGUUCAUCCAAACCAGGAACAUAUACGGAGAACAGACAACUCUCUUAAACUAUGGAUAAAGGAAGCUAAAAAUGUACCCUCUAAAAAGAAGUAUUUCUGUGAAAUUUGUUUAGAUCGAACAUUGUAUGCCAAAACUUCCAGUAAAAUGAAAUCUGAAAUGUUGUUUUGGGGAGAACACUUUGAAUUCAAUAACUUGAGAGACACACAGAUUGUUACAGUAAAUUUGUACAGAGAAGCUGAUAAAAAGAAAAAGAAAGACAAAAAUCAGUUUAUAGGUUAUGUAAACAUCCCAGCCUCGGAAAUUACAGGCCGGACCUUUGUUGAGAAAUGGUUCAACUCAACAUCAGGAACUGUAGGUCGAGUUGGGAAAGAGAACAAAAGUGAAAAUCCUUUAAUAAGAAUUAAAGCAAGAUAUCACACAGUACAGAUAUUACCUGUUGAUAUGUAUAAAGACUUAUCUCAGUAUUUGAGUACAGACUAUUGUCAGUUGUGUGAAGUAUUAGAACCUGUGAUCAGUGUAAAAGAUAAAGAAGAUAUAGCUACAUGUUUAGCUCAUGUUCUACAGAAACUUGGUAAAGCUAAGGAUUUCCUUACAGACAUAAUAAUGGCAGAAGUGUCACGGCUAGAUAACAAGCACCUUACAAUGAGAGGUAACUCUAUCGGAACCAAAGCAAUGGAGGCUUACAUGAAACUUGUUGGUGAAAAGUAUUUACAAGAUACGAUGACAGAGUUUGUGAAGUCUUUGAUAGAAUCUGGAGAUGAUUGUGAGGUAGAUCCCACAAAAGUUACUCCACAGUUCUUACAGAGUAACCAAAGUAUACUGGACAUGUACAGUGAAAUGGUCUUUGCCAAAAUCAUCAAUUCACACUGCUAUUUCCCCAGUGAACUGAGAGAUGUCUUCGCCUGUUUUCGUUCUCGUUGUUUGGAGAUGGAGAGAGAGAAUACAGCAGAGAAUUUAAUAAGUGCCUCAUUGUUUCUUAGGUUCCUGUGUCCAGCUAUAAUGUCACCUAGUUUAUUUAAUUUAAUACAAGAAUACCCUCCAGAUAAAGCUGCCAGGAAUCUUGUUCUACUCGCUAAGACAAUCCAAACUCUUGCAAAUUUUACCAAAUUUGGAGCCAAAGAAGAAUAUAUGACAUUUAUGAAUGAUUUUAUUGAGCGGCAUAGUGAAAGUAUGAAUCAGUUCCUCCAACAGAUAUCAUCAACAGAUACAAAUGGAGGGAACCAGUUUCUAGAGUUUGAUGGGUACAUUGACCUGGGUAAAGAAUUAUCUAUUUUACACAGUCUGUUAACAGAAUCUCUAGAAAAGUGCCCUCAGGAUUCUUUAUCCAGCUUAGGAAAACUGCCAAGCAUUUUAAGUAAAUUGAAAACUGCCUUUGAAAAUCCAGAUGUUGGUUUGGUGAUUCCACCACCAAAACAGAACAGGAAAUCCCAAAUAUAUGACAAUCUAGUCAACAUGCCUCCUCAAACUAGCACCUCCCCUACAGAAAUUGUCAGGGAAAUGUUAAAACUUUGUGGAGGGGAGGAUAUUCCUGUGUUAAGUGGGAGGCGAGGAUCAAGAUUGGGCGUGUUUGAUUCUGAAAAUAAUGUUGAGACAGAUGAUGAUUUUGGAUUUUAUAAAAAUUCUAAGUAUGAUGUGUCUAAUGUAUCAGUGAAAAGUGUAUCAAAUGAACAAAGAGUGAAUGAAUCUUGGAGUGAAAUUGUUAAUGUGGCAGAAAGCCACCAAGGAGACUAUAUUGAUUUGUUGCAUUUCGCUGAUGAGGAUGUACAUAAUUCAUCAAUGGACUCUGAUCACAAUAUGAAUGGGAGUGAAAUAUCUAUAAGUCAAAUAUCUACUAUAGCAUCUUCCGGUUAUCAGUCUUUCGGAUAUAGUCAAUCCAGUUCACCUAUUGAUCCAAAUACUACACAGGAUUUUUCUAAAUCUCAUUCAUCUCAGGCUCCUCUCCAACCAUUAUCAUUCUCAAAUCCAGUGUAUAGACAUCAGUUCAAUAGUGCAAAACAUUCAAUGUCUAGUCCUAACGUCAUCAGACAGGGAUCCAGUUCUGGAUCAGCCAGUAGUGAAGAGGACACUGUUAAACAUAGAAGUCCUGUGAAAUCCUCAGACAGAGAAUUAUUUAGUCCCCAGCGUAAUGACCCAUUACGCAAUCUUGCCCCCAAAUUAUCCAGUUCAAGUAGUAGUGAAUCUUUAGAACAAGAAUUGUAUAAAAUGACUCGUUCUAGUUCUGCAAUGUCAACAACUGAAUCAACAAAAUUUACAAGAUCUAAUUCUGUACAGUCAUCGAGUGAUGCAGUGAAAUUUUCAUUAGAUUUACAUUCAUCUGUUUCAUCUCAAAAUAGUGAUGAUGUUCGCAAUAGUAAUAUUACUCCAUCUCAUACAACUAGUAACCAUUACUCAUUGAGUCGGGCUCCAUCCAGGCCUAAAGAACUUUCCCAUACUGGCAGUAUGGAUUUUUCGCAUAUGAGACAAAGAUAUAACGAUCCAAUACGUAGGACUGCUACUGAUUCACACAUUUCUUCUCAUAUUAAAUAUGGACCAAGUCAUGCUUAUAGUAAUAGUGAUAUUACCAGUAAUUCUAGUCGAUAUAGUGAUAAAUAUUAUACAGACAAUUCUGACAAAGGUUCACAUAAAUACUCUUUUGGUGAUAGGUCGUACACAGAAGAUUCCGAUCAAGGUUCACGGAAACUCUCUCCGAAUAAUGCUGUACAUAUGGGAAUUAAGUCUGUACAAAGAAAAAUACAGGAACAGGAAAAAACAAAACAGGAGUAUGAGAGUGAAGUUGAAACGUUAAGACAACAGUUGAACGAAGCACAAGAUCGGCUUCAGCAAGCUGAGGAUAGGUUGAAGGAACAUGAAACAGGAACACAGCAGUUGGUUGAUGAUUGGCAAUUUAGACUGUCUGAAAGUGAAGAAAGACUUCGUAAACAACAAGUACAAAAAGACGAUCAGAUGAAACAGAUAAUACAAAGAUUGAUGACUGUCGAGAAGGAACUAAAGGCAGACCAAGAGGAGAUGCAAUCAUUAGUUCGUCAGAAACAACGUGUCAUUGAGGCACAGGAAAGGAGAAUACAAACUCUUGACAAUGCUAAUGCCAAACUGAUGACUGCAUUAUCUCAGCUACGCAGUGUUUCUCAACAAAAUCAUAAUGGAAUGAUUGGUCCAUUGAGAUCCACCAUUUUAACAACAGAAAUUGCAGAAUUCAAAACUAGUUCAUGUUAAGUACAUCAGAAAAAAAUGACAUUGAAAUUGAUGGCAUAUAUCAUGUUAUAAUAUACAUUCAAAACAUGUCUAUCAUGUGAAAGCACUUUAAUAAGAAUGUGAAAUGUUGACUUAAUUAAGAAAUCCAUACUUGACUUUAUAAAGUAAUACAGUAUUCUAAGCAAACAUCUGUAAUGUCUAUUAAGCUUGUUAGGAAGUCCAGUUUUUAAUAUUCCUUAGUUGAAGAUUAUUAUCAGCUAUAUAUAAAUGUGGGCUUUCAGAUAAUGUACCUCAAGUAAUAAGUGUGUACUUAUAAUUUAUAUGUGUGCUGAAUGUUAGAAUCAUGAUUUUGUGAGCUUAACAGUGGUUGCUAUCUUUGUGCUUUCAAACAUAUUGUAGCCCAUCAAACUACAUCAAUCAAUUUGUGCUCUAGCGUCUUUAGGAUUUUAUUCCUUUCAUAAUUAGAAUACCAGAUGAUAUAUAAAAAAAUAUAUUAAUUAUUAAAAAGUUCAAAAUAUAUGUUGAAAGAGUAAUGUAUUUGCGAUCUUUGAUUACUAAAGUAAUUGCUACAAUUUCACAAAGAAAUAACAUGGAAAAUUGUUUACAAGCAAGAUCAAUUUUUAAGAACGGUUUUCCUAUGUAGUUGUUUAAAAAAAAAAAGUUAAAGUAAAAGAUUGUUAUAAGAAAACCAUUACAAAAGAAUAGGCGUCAAAAAUUAGAAUACUAUAAUGGGAGAAAAUGUUUUACAAUUUGAUAAGUAGUAUUAUGAGGAAUUUUGAUAUAGAUGAAAAAGAAGUGUACAUGCAUAAUGUAAGAGCAGAUAUGAAUGUUUUAUAUAUAUGAUUGUAGAACACUGCAUGCUAACUGGUAAUGAUAUAAACAAAAUAUCUGAAUGUUUCAUAGAUUGCUAAUUCGAUAAUUCCAUAAGUGUGACAAAAGGAAUAGUUAUAUCCGCCAAUCAUGUCUGUUGAAUAAGGUGCUAUAGCAGUGAUAUUCAUUCAACAGAUAAUUUUCAAACUUAAAUUUUACUGUAAUUUUUUUUCAAAAAUUUGUUUAUCAUUUUCAUAUAUAGUUAUUAUUGUUGUAUAAGUCAAAAUUUCAUUAGUCAUUGUCUUGAUCUCAGAAAUAAAGUACCAUCAAAUAGAUUAUUUUCUGGAUGUAAAUUACUAAUAUCUCAUUCAAACAUAUCCAUCAUAGUAGAACUGCCAUUGCAUAAGUGCUAUUUAUAGUAUUUGAUGUGUUCUGAGUUACUUUGUGUGAGCAUAUAAAAGUGCAAUGCCCAUUUUAUAAAUAGAAAUUUUAUCUUCAGAUUCAUUCACCAAAUAUUCCAAUGAUAAGGAAUAAAGUGAAGCUUGUAUUCUUGGAUCUAACCUAUUGUGUGGUGGACUGAAUGACAAAAGUAGUGUUGGCUGUAUUUUUAAGAUUGAAGAGUUAUUAUUUUGUGUAUGUAAUGAAGAAUGUUAAGAGUCCAGUCUUCAGAUUGAAUAUAUGUUUACAAGGUCAUAUGUAUAUGGACCUUUUAUCUAUUAAAAAAAUAUAAUGUUGAAUCAUUCUGUAUUGGUUUAAUUCCUUCUUCUUUUUUUGUUUUUUUGUUGUGUUAUUUUUGGUAAAUUAAUUAUAGGUUAAAUUUAGAAUUCCCCUUCUUAUUUUUAGGUUUGAAAAAGUAAGAGACAACCUAUCUGUUCCUCUUUGUCUUCUGUAGUCACAGAAAAUGAAUCCCACUGUACUCAGUCACAGAUGUAUUAUAUAUACAUGAAUAUGUAUACAAAAUUCAAUCUUAGACUGGACUUCAUCUCAGAUGGUUGUGAAUUAUGUGUGUUUGGUUAUUGAAAACUUUGUAGUGCUAGGUUAGUUUGAAAAUUUAAUGAAAAAAACUUCAUCGUUACUUCCUCUGGAUCCAUUGUGAACAAGUGAUUGUUUCAUCAACCAAGAAAGUUUUUUAUAAGAAUAUGAGUUAAGAAUCUCAUCAUGCUAUUUAUAAAAAUUGUAAAAAAAAACAUCAUUGAUUUAUCAUAGUGUUUACAAUGGAAGCUUAUAAGAAGUCCACAUUAUUUCAUUUGUGAUGGGAAACAAUUUCCCCCAAAGUCUGUGCAAUAUUUAUUGUAAUUGCAAAAAAAAAAAUGUUUUCUUGGCGUAUAUUUGUAAAAAAAAUAACCAUUGUAAUACAUGUAUAUGCAAGUAUAGUGCUGUUUUGUAACAUAAGAUUAGCAAGUAUUAAUGUAAAUAUUUUGUGUUCUGGUCCUGAGUAGUAAGAUUGUUGAGGUAAAACAUUGUACAUUAAUAAUGGCAAAAAAUAAAAUGGGAUAUUUCAAAACUG